AUGUCCCCUGGCCGAGAUCCAAAUGCAAUUUCAUCUGGUAACCCGCUACAGCAGCACGCAGUGCAGAUUCGGGUUAGUAAUAACGACUUACUCCUUGUGCUUGGAGUGAAAGGAAAGAAGCGAUGUUUAGACAUCGACCAGAUUGAUUUCAAGAAGAAGAGAAUCGAGAAUGAUGGUCAACUCGUCGCCCAAAUCACAAAUGCAUAUCAGUCUAAGCGUGGUUGGUUGCGACUCUGGUUCUCAGUGUAUCAAUUCAGGUUCUGCAGUUUCAGAAAGUUUCUCAAAUACCGCGCCGAAAGGAUCAGCUCAAUUCAGGACGGUGUUCCGGAACAUAAUCCGGAUUACGAAUAUAAGAACGGCUCCCAAACGCCGCCCAUCGAGAGGCCGCCGAUUUCGCAGGAAGAAUUCGAGGAUUCUUUAUAUCCGUGUGCCACCCCUUGCAACCUUUGGUUCUGGCCCUGGCACGAAUGCAUAGGACCCUUGACCCAGCAAAGAAUGUACGAGAGGUUGCCCAAAAAGAAGAAUUUUUGGGACGUCAAGGGAGCCAACUACAGCGAAGCUUGGGGCCUCGAGUCACGGUACAAGGCAUCCUUUAUCCACAUGCUUGCUUAUCAUCUCCUGAUGGUGGUCGGCCCUUUCGGCUUCUGGGGAUGGUGGCAGAGCAGACACCUGGACGAUAUGCAAGGCGCUGCCGUUCCACUGACAAUUGUGCUUGCGCUAAUGUCGAUGUUCUGGUCAUCCAUUGGUCUCUUGCGGUUACCGGGAGAAGGAACAUACCAGGGGCCUACUGCGAUGAGCUACGUGCAGAGCAAUUUAGUUUUGCAAAGGCCGUCUGUAUAG